UUAAAUUAUUUUGAAACGGAGAGAGUAAAGUUAAUGGAAAAGGGAAAAGGGAAAGCGUAUGGCGUGCCGGCUCUAGCAAGUAAAGGGAUUCAGCUUCGUCUCCACUUGACUUGUUGUGUUAUCAUUCAUUCAUCCGGAUCUGAGAUCGGCUUCCAACGCUAAAUCUAUUUGGCUCCGAUUUCUCGCUUCUCAGCUUCAAACAUUCUUUUUUCUUCUUUCGUUUCCCUCCAUUUUUUUUUCUAUCUCUGCAACUCCUCCUCCUCCCUUUUCCCCAUUUCACUCACUAACAAUGGGAUUCAACGCUGAGAUAGAGCAGUCGAAUUUCAAAUUUUCAUCUCUAAUUUGUAUUUGAAGUUUUGGGACCAACAGACAUCUCUACUGUCUCUCUUAUGAAUUUUCAGGCAACAACAGUGAGUGGGAAAACUGGAGCUGCGAAUGUGAUGGAUUGGAAUGCUAACACUGGUUAUAGGACCUUAAAAGAAAUGGAACCUAAAUCUCUUGCUGUUGUAGAAGCUACAAAUACAAUACUUCCAAACGUAGAAUCUAUAAAUAUGGGGCCGGAUGCUUUGGAGAAAUCGCAUGCACCAAAAAGGAAAAAGGCCCUCACAUCAGUAUAUCUCAAGUACUUCGAGGUAGCACCGGAUGGGAGAACCAGGAAGUGUAAAUUUUGUGGACAGAGCUAUUCAAUUGCAACAGCUACCGGCAACUUAGGUAGACAUCUCAGCAAUCGCCAUCCAGGAUAUGAUAUGACAGUGAAUGUUGCAUGUCCUGUCCCACAGUCUGUUACUGUUCCUCAGAAGCUUCAGCCUCGACCUCAACCCCUUGUCAAAGUACCUCAGUUAGAAAUCGAUCAUUUGAACUGGUUGCUUAUCAAGUGGCUAAUUCACGGGUCUCUUCCUCCUUCUACAUUGGAUGAGCGUUGGCUUUUGAAUUCAUUUAAAUUUCUCAAUCCAACAGUGAAAGUUUGGUCGGAAGACAAUUUCCAAAGAGUACUUUGUGUAGUUUUUAAAAGCAUGCAAGAAGAUGUAAGAGUGAUAGUAGACGAAGUUUCUUCCAAGGUCUCUAUAACUCUUGAUUUGUGGACAUCUUACGAGCAACUUCUUUACGUGAGCAUUACAUGCCAAUGGAUUGAUGAAAAUUGGUCCUCCCAAAGGUUGCUUCUUGAUAUUUGCCACAUAUCCUCUCCUUGUGGGGCUGCUGAAAUUUCGGAUGCUUUGUUGAAGGUUCUUAAGUUGUAUAAUAUUGACAACAGAGUCCUCUGUUGCACAUAUGACAAUGGUCCGAUUGCUUUGCAUGCGUGUCAUACACUCAAAGAAGAUAUGGACAACCAGAAAAUGAGUCCUUUUUACUAUCUCCCCUGUGCUGCUCAUACUCUGAAUUCAGUCAUAAAUGAUGGACUAAGAUCUACAAAGUUGAUAAUUUCUAAAAUAAGAGAAUUAGUCCUAAAGAUGAACACGUCCUUUGAGAUCUCUCAAGAAUUUCUCCAAUGUUGCAAUGCUUAUCAAGAAGGCAACUGGAAAUUCCCUCUUGAUGCCUCGCCCCGUUGGAGUGGCAAUUAUCAGAUGCUUGACAUUGCACGAAAGGCAGGUAAAUCAAUGGAAACUAUCGUCCGGAAGUACGAUGAACUGCUAGGCAGUAGGGUGAUCCUCAACACCGCGGAGAAGAAUGCUGUGAAUAUCAUGCAUGGAUAUUUAGAACCUUUCUAUAAGACCAUCAAUGACAUAUGUACAAACCAAGUACUGACAAUUGGUUUGGUUCUUUUUUUCAUGGAUCAUAUUUCUGAAACAAUUGCAGCCUGUAGAGAUUCUCGACACAGCCCUGACUGGCUCAAAAGUGCAGCUGAGGAAAUGGCUACGAAAGCUCGAAGUUACAGUGAUCAGAUUUGCAACUCCUUCACAUUUAUGACUGCUGUUCUCGAUCCAAGAAUAAAAGUCGAGCUCAUUCCUGAAAGUCUCAAUUCUGAGAAUCACUUGGAGGAAGCGAGAAGCCAUUUUAUAAGAAACUAUGCCACCAGUCAUUUUCCUUCUAUCACGGGGUCUUACGCUGCACACGACCUGGAAGAUGGAGGAAGCGUUUCUUUUGCUGAGGAAAUUGCUCGUAAGAAACGCAAGGCAAGCAUGUCCUCUUCCACGGAUGAGCUCACUCAAUAUUUAUCAGAGCCUCCUGCUCCAAUACAAACAGAUGUGUUGGAAUGGUGGAAGGUGAACAACACGCGCUACCCACGGUUGUCUGUCAUGGCUCGGGACUUUUUGGCUGCACAACCAACCGCUGUGCCUCCCGAAGACCUUUUCACCAGCAAAGGUGAUGAGAUAGAUAAGCAGAGGUUCUCGACACCUUACGAGAGCACUCAAGCUUUGCAUUGUGUAAAGUCAUGGAUGCAAAGCGGAUUGAAGUUGAAGUAUAAAUCAACUGAAAUUGAUUAUGAGAGGUUAAUGGAACUAGCAACCGGUACAUCAGCUGAAAGUUCUAUGACAGAUUCCGAUAAGAAACAAAAAUCAUGAUAGAUUUUUAAUUGGUAACACUGGGGAAUUGCUGAUAAACUCUACAUCAGAGGUCCAUUUUUUUUAAAACUUUUUCUCUGUAGUACGUAGAUGAUCAUUUGUUUAGUGUACAGGUUUGAAUAGAGAGUAACCUAAUCCAAGACAAUUAAUUUACAUUCUCAGGAAUUGUAAAGCCUGUAUGUUCAUCAAUUUUUGUUAAUUGGUAGGCUGAAUCAGCAUCUGCUUUAGUUUCAGUGUGCAGAUUAGAGCUUGAAUAAUAGUUUUAUGUAUAAUUCUUGAAAUGUUAAUGCCACUUUUAGUUAAAUACGAUGUUUCAUUCAA